AACUGAAAACCCCAUACAAUUAUGCCCACAGAAGAAGAGGUGCGUCAAAGACAAUGGACGGAACAAGAACGCCUGGAAUUGGCUGCCAAAAUGGAUGAAGAAUUAGAUGAGUUCAUCAAUGGUCUGGAGAAGAAACGUUAUGAGGAAGGAUGGCCCGAGGACCGGUGGCAAGAGGAAAUGGAUAAACAUCCAUUUUUCAUGAAAAAAGAACCACAACCUGGCGAUGAGAUUCAUCCUAUGUUCGAGGGUUUGCAAAAGCUUAAAUAUGACCCCGAAGAAAAUACCUGCGAAGAGUUAGCCUUAAACUAUAAAGAAGAUGGCAAUUUCUAUAUGAAACACAAGAAAUUUCGCAUGGCUGUUUAUAGUUUUAGCGAAGGCCUAAAAGCCAAAUGUGAGAAGCCUGAAGUUUUGGCCGUUUUAUACAAUAAUCGGUCGGCAGCCCAAUACUUUUUGAAAAACUAUAGAUCUUCACUGGCCGAUGCCCAAAAGGCUUUAGAGUACAAAACCGAUUAUGCCAAAGCACGCUGGCGUGCUGCACAGUGUGCCUACCAACUGGAAAGAUUUGAUGUAUGCACUGAACUUUGUGAACAAAUCCUUGAGAAUGAUGUGGACAACAAAGAAGCACAGGAACUGUUGAAAAAGAACAAAGCCAAAAAACUAGAUCUGGAACGAAACAAGCGCAAAGAAAUGGCUCUCGAAAAGAAAAGAAUACAACGCUUCCAAAGUUUAUUGAAUGCUUUGGAAGAGCGCAAAAUCAAAUAUGAUGACAUUAAACCAGGCAAACCAAUCACAGAUGAGAUCUUAAAGCCGAAAUUUCUAGCUUUGGAAGAUUAUCCCGUACAUCUGGAUGAUGAUAAUAAAACUUUGAUAUGGCCAGCGGCAUUUUCAUAUCCUGAGUUCUUAUAUAGCGAUUAUCAACAGCAACUGUCAGAGGAAGCAACAAUGUUGGACGUUUUGGAUUCUUUAUUUGCUGAACCCUUACCAAUGGAUAACAAUGGCAGUUACGGUGUGGACAAAGUCAAUGUCUACUAUGAAAAUCGAAAAGUUGGCUGUGUGCACAAAAUUAAAUUGGAAAAGACCAUAAAGGAAAUUAUAAAUGAAAAGAGUUUCUUUGUAACCGGUGGCUCUUUGUUAUUCUACAUUGUGCCCAAGGAUUCCCAUGUCGAACAAAAGUUUAUACACGAGGAACGUCGUGGUUUAAUUAAAUAAUUUUGUGUAUAUAAAUUUAGACUAAUCUAAUGUACAAAGAUUUUUGUAUAAACUAUUAAUAUAUGUAAAUUUGUUGGUAUUUUUAAGAAAAUUUUUUAAAAUUACUAAACCUAUAAAGGAUUUUGGUGCCAUAAGAUUGGAUUAUGUGAAGACAUUCCAUAAUUGAUUAUAAAAAAAAGUUACAAGACAUGCAUUUGACUGCGGAUUUGUAGUUAGUUGGAGAGUGAAACACAUAUCAUUCUGAUGAUUGAGAUCCUAUCCACAAUUUGCCUAAAAUUCAUUUUUUUUUAUAUCAGUCUCAUAUGUGCCAACCUACCUACCUAUCAUGCUGCUAGAUUACGCAGAUCAGCAUAGUGCCUCCUGAGGCGGCAGACUUUGCCGAUGAAGGAUUACAUCGGGUCAAUCCAGUAAGAAAUAAUGAAAUUUCAUCAAAAUCGGACAAGGGAGGGAAUUCAGGUCAGGUGUUAAAGGGUUAAAUAGCUGAGUGAGUAACCCAUCGGCUUCUGCUGUCUUGUUCUACUUUUUUACCCUUUGUUGUGCUUUUUGGUGGUAGAUUGUUGGCAUCACUGGAAGCAUGAGGUAUCAGCUGGCAAAAUUAGAGUUCCAUCCAAGACAGCAGCAGUGCCUCGUACUCGAUCUCAAGGUAUCCAAUCCGAAAACUCUUCCAAUCUAUCCUGGCCUCCUAUCGUCGCCUUUAUUCCGCCACGAUUGUAUGACCUGCUCUUAUCCUACGGGAAAUGGGAAAGGUCCCAAUCCUGUCCCGGGAUAGGUGCUCUGGUGAUAGGGUCCUGUCCCAGUUCUCGCCCCUUUACAUGGAAAAAACCUAUCAUUUUUAUAAAGGUUUGUCGCUCAAGGUGACGAAUUGGCACAAUUCUAACACCGUAUCAUAGUUCCUGGGACAGUUCGAAAAGGAUGAGUAUACUUUGCAAGUAUUUUUAAGGAAAUUACAUUAGUUAGCAAAUAUAUUUAACAGAUAAGCAAUUUUUAAUAAUAAUUAAGCGAUUUAAAAAAAAAAAAAACAUCAUAAGUUAUGACAAUUGACUCUCAAUCCCUGUAGGAUAUGUAUUGUGACAGGUAACUAAUUCUUCAGUUUAGGAUCGGUAUAUUUGGGGCAAUUGACUACACAUGGUCUUAUUCAUACUUAAUCCGAAUGUCUGUGUGUCGGACACCUAGAACUGUCUCCAGUGCCCUGGUAAUCGUGAUUCUCAUUGCCCCGCCUAGGCCAAGAUAAUAUGAUCUCUGAAUUUGUUGUUGUAGCCACAUUUUCAUGUGGAGGUGGCGAACCUCAUCAAGCUCCUGUAGGUGAGCAAGCUUGUUGCGGUCCAAAGGACCGAUCGUUGCGGGAACAGGAUGGCCAUUUGUAAUUUAAAGGCGCCAAUAACCCGCCUUGUUGCGAACAAUCAGCGGUAUCGAGCUCGAUACCGCUGAUUGUCCGCAACUGCCUUUGCAGCUAUUCCGUAUGGAGCAUUCUACUAUCCGCAACCUGUGGACGGGCCCGGUAGCUCGCAGCUAAGCUUCUCUUGACAGCAAUGAACAUCACACAGAUCGGACCUCAAUGUUCCUCCCCAAAUAGUCACAUCUUCAUCUUCCUCGCAAACAUACCGAUCUUCUUCUCAUAGUUUCAACGUAGACCCCUAGGUCUAGACCAGUCGUAUGCAAUAUCCAAGACUCUUUCGACCCUUCUGCAUAGCCAAUUCGGACUCCUACACUUUAGAAGUAUUAUAAUAUCGUGUAAGCAACGGACGGGUUCAAAAUCCUCUUUAGUCAGGAUCCGUAGUAGACUAUUUAUGGUGGUUACCAAUAGGAGUAGCGAUAAAUUACCCCGCUGCGGCAUGUCGGCUUAAGUGGCAGUCUGCCAUCAGACUCACUUAGACGUUUUCCUGCAUUGUGAUACCACAGGACCAGAAGAAGGAAGAUGCCUAGUUCCUACCGUUGAACCAUCCUGACCGCUUAAAAAAGCCCAAUAACUUGCGAAUGUUCACAUCCGCUAAAUCAGACAGGUUCUCAAAGAAAUGAGAACCAAAAGUGGAACUACUUCUUUCUGCUAGUAAGGACACACACACACUCAGGUGUUCUAUAGUCUCUUCUUCUUCGAUGUCCAAUGACAGCCAAGCAGUAGACCUCUUCAAGUCUAGAUUAGGCCACAUAGUUUUGGAAUGCUCACAGCCGACUCUUUGUCACCAUCUAUCAUUCGUUGUCCUCCGGGUCUCAUUCUGAAAACUUAGCUUACAUGUCGCUAGAGGCAUACUAACAGAUUCCAGUAUCCCUGCAAUGUGUAGGGUAGUUCCUAGUCUCGCAAGCUCAUCCGCUUUACAAUUCCCUGGGAUAUCACCCAGAACAGGUGAAUUUUGAACUGUUAAGCAAUGUCGCUGAGAGAUCUGCCACAGUCGAGGGCGGUUUUUGUGUUCAGAAAUACGUUCCCCAGGGAUUAAAUGGCAGACUGGCUGUUUGAGAAGAUAUUUAUGCCAAUCGUCGUUAUGACAUUAUACCUUAGCCAUUCCACCACUUCCCUUAUUGCAAGGAUCUCCGCUUGAUACACACUGCAGUGUUCGGGUAACCAUUUCGUUAAGACCAGUUCCAGAUCUUUAGAGCACAACCAAAAGCCCACCUGGUCGUUUAGUUUGGAGCCAUCCGUAUAAAAGUCUAUGUAACUGUUGUUACCAGGCAUAUCGUAGUUCCAAUUGGUUCUAUCAGGAAUAGUGGCACAGUAAUUUGUAAUCCACACUGCCUGAAACAUCGGAUAUUGUAUCAAGAAUAACACAGUGUCCGUAGCCGCCACAUGAUCAAUGAGAAAGCUCCCUUAACCUCACGGCAGUGGUCGCUGCAAUUUGGGUAGCCACAAUGUCCAGAUGCAUAAGAUGUAGCAUUAAGUUCAAUGCAUCAGUUGGUGUCGUCCCCAGUGCGGCUGCGAUGCACAAACAAGCCAUUCUUUGGAUCCGGCUAAGUAUUGAGCAGUAGGUGGACUUUUGAAGUGCCGUCCACCAGACCACAACACCAUAUACCAUUAUAGGUCUAACA